AUGGCUCCCACUUUGCUUCGCCUGCUAGCCCUGGCCUUGGGGAAGAAGCCAGGUGUGGGGGGACAGGAAGUCUUCCCCAUUGUACAAGUGGGAUGGUUGAGUCUCAAAGAGUGGCGGGAACUGGCCCAAGGGGCACACAGCCCACUGUCCCAGGGGAGCUGCACGGAAGCCCAGCUGGAUGAGCUGAUCAGACUGCACACUUUCACACACAGGCUGGCCAACUUUAGCAGCUACGGCUGUCACUGUGGCCCUGGCACCCAAGGUGCCCCCAUGGACAAGAUUGACAAGUGUUGUCACAGUCAUGACUGCUGUUACAAUAAAGCAGAGGUGUUUGGCUGCACCCCUGGCACUCACACCUACAGAUACCUUAACCUGGGAACCAAGGUGAAGUGUGUGAAGACUCGGGACCGCUGCGAGAAAAUGACGUGUGAGUGCGACAACAAGAUGGCCAAAUGUUUCCGAAAAUACCUGCCCAUGUACAACCCUCGGCUCCAGAGCUUCCCAGAAGCCCCCUGCUAUGGCCCCCGUCCCUUUUGCUGA